UAAACCACAUUCAUUUUAACCAAAGCAUGAACAUGCACAUGUUGCAGUGUAACUUGGCUCCCACAAUUGGAAUCAGAACAUCUCUAGUUGUGGCUUGGGAAAAAUGAACACCAGAUGAAUCUUCCUGGCUGCUGUCGGAUCCUGAGCUUCCCUGCUUGGUGUCUUUUUUAAGGCCUUUCACCCUUCUUCUCUCUGAGUGAAUGCUGAAUCUGCUGUGUACACUUUGCAGCUGUAUUGUGUUGAAAUUUAACAUCAGAUCAGGAUUCGACACCAUUGAUUCAGAUUGGAAUUGGUGGUUUAAAAAAAACAUAAUCUUUAUAUCCCUACUAGCAAAGUCUCAUUUAUCUGACCGUCUUAUCGGCUAUAAGCCAUCACUCUGUCCUUACACCGAGCCCUUUACCUAUCAUACUGCCAUCCUCUUAUUAUUUUAAGUAGGCUGCUUUCCAUGAAUUUGAAAGAAUGUGGCCCCAGACGCCCAGUGUCUACACUCAAUAGUCUUAUUUGGCAUGUCUUUCAUGACACAAGGAAAAAGGUUAAUCCAACCACUUUGAGGUAUACUGCUUGUCAAAUAUGAACAGCAUGUCAUUUUGAUUCUGUUUGGUUAUCUCUAUUGGUUUUAUGCAUUGUCAAGGUAGACAUGGAAAUUUGCUGUUUGGUUCUUAGAUUCUUAUUCAUUUGAAGGUGGAGCGUUUUAGUUUGACUUCAAGCUUAGCGACUUAAUUUUCCUAAACCUGUUGCAGCAUUUCAGUUUUUUUACAUUUGAUCUAUUGAAUCUAAAAGAAAGUUUAUCCAUCUCAUAUAAUGGAUUCCAGUGUGCCCACAUCAGUUGUUCUAGAUGAAAUAUGUUAACCCUGAGAAACGACAUCCUAGAGCUUCAUCGGUCAGUGGUCUGUAGAUCCUUAUUUAAAGUAAGCAGGAUAUUCAGAUCACUUGUGUUAAUUCUUUGUUAAAUGUGUUAUAUCUUGACCCCAUAAGUUUAACAAAUGUUUGGGUCUUUUAUUAAUUGAUUGGUUAACUUCUCCGGAUAGAAAUGAAACUGUAUAUGAGACAGUACAACAUUCAUUACAACAGGUAUUCUUCUUGAACGUGUGUGGUUAGUCCAGUUUAACCUGCAGGAGCUUCUGAAGGCCAGUGUAACAUGUUCUGCUGCCGAAGAGGAAAUAAAUUAAUCACAAGUAAAAAAGACUUUGUUGCGUCUCCUGACAUCGUCACUGCAGAAGUGAACCAGAGAAAAAGCAGCAUGGUGGACAAGAACAUCUACAUCAUCCAGGGAGAAAUUAGCACUGUUGUUGGAGCCAUCAAGAGUCACUCCAGAUGGAAAACUCACACUCCGCUGGAUGAAGAACAAGACCCAUUACUCCACAGCUUUGGACACCUCAAGGAAAUCCUCAACAGCAUUAAAGAGCUGUCAGAUAUUGAACCCAACCUUUUCCUGAGGCCCUUCCUAGAAGUGGUCCGCUCUGAGGACACCACAGGACCAAUCACAGGCCUCGCCCUCACCUCCGUCAACAAGUUCCUAUCCUAUGGCCUCAUCGAUGCUAACCAUGAAGCGGCAGCGGAGGCCAUUGAGAACAUGGCCGACGCAGUCACGCAUGCGAGAUUCGUGGGAACAGACCCUGCCAGUGACGAAGUUGUCCUGAUGAAAAUUCUACAGGUUCUGAGGACUCUGCUGCUGACGCCAGUCGGAGCUCAUCUGACCAACGAGUCUGUCUGUGAGAUCAUGCAGUCCUGCUUCAGGAUUCGCUUUGAGAUGCGCCUUAGUGAACUCCUCAGGAAAUCGGCUGAACAUACACUGGUUGACAUGGUGCAGCUGCUGUUCUCCAGACUCCCCCAGUUCAAGGAAGAGGCCAAGAGUUAUGUGGGCGCAAACAUGAAGAAGUUGAAGAUGCGUGCCGUGAGUGAGUCAUCCAAAUGGAAGAAGCAGAAGCGCUCGCCGCGGCCGCCCCGACACAUGGUCCGGAGUCCCUCCGGUCAGAUGGACCCGACGCAGUCCAGCACCCUCAGCAACAACAACCUUUCAGGUGGCGUCCCGUUCAUUGAACAGGGCUUGUCCACCUCCUGCUUACCAGCCUCAGACAGCGCUGGCUCGUCUAUUUCCAGCCCUACAACAGACAGUGGCCUGGGCACCUGCUCCAAAACCACCUCCAGAGAAGACCUGUCCGACCUGGAGCAGUGCAGCUCGUCUACAAACAACCUGUGCACCGCCAGCACGCUCCCCGGGACUGAUCCUGGCUCUCCGGACGCACAGUCGGAGGGCGGUCAGGUUGAACCGGCCCAGUCGGCCUCGGUGGAGUCUAUCCCCGAGGUUCUGGAGGACAAAGACUCCGUUACGGAGCAGUCGGACAGCACCUCUGUCCACGACAUGGAAUAUGUCAACCCCCGAGGUGUUCGUUUCACACAGUCCACACAGAAAGAUGGUAUGGAUAAUGAAGGUACUUCCCUCAUCCCUUAUGGCCUCCCGUGUCUCAGGGAGCUCUUUCGUUUCCUGAUCUCCCUGACCAACCCCCACGACCGCCACAACACUGACGCCAUGAUGCACAUGGGCCUGCAGCUGCUGACCGUCGCACUGGAGUCCGCGCACAUCGCUAACUACCAGUCGUUACUCGGACUGGUCAAAGAUGAGCUCUGCAGACAUCUCUUCCAGAUUCUACCUGAAGAGUCGAAGAGCACUCACAACACCUACCACCUCUUCACCCAGUUGCUGAGUGCCGACCGUAUGAACCUGUACGCUUCCUCCGUACGACUGUGCUUCUUGCUUUUCGAAAGCAUGAGACUCCAUCUCAAGUUUCAGCUCGAGAUGUACCUGAAGAAACUGAUGGACAUCAUCACAACGCCAGAGGAAGCUAAGAUGCCCUACGAGAUGAAGGAGAUGGCUCUGGAGGCUCUGGUGCAGCUGUGGAGGAUCCCAAGCUUCGUCACCGAGCUAUACAUCAACUACGACUGUGACUUUUACUGCUCCAAUCUGUUCGAAGACCUCACCAAGCUGCUGUCCAUGAAUGCGUUCCCGGUGUCGGGGCAGCUCUACACCACCCACCUCCUGUCGCUGGAGGCUCUCCUCACAGUGAUUGACAGCACUGAAGCCUACUGCCAGGCCAAAGUGCUCAACAGCACUGCUCAACAAGAGCAGUCAGAGACACUGGCGGCAGAUGAAGAUGGCUCAACCAAAAGCGGAGCAGACACUACAGCUGAUGUUAACAGAGUGGGCAGUAUGAAUGGUAUGAGUCCUCCACAAGCUGAGAAUGCACCAGCAUCUCCACCAACCAGUGGACACCUGAUGGCAGAGAAGAUGAAACUGGGCAGACAGGACCUAGGAGACAAUGACGCUGCUGAGAAGAGAGCACCGAAGAAGCCUCAGCGUUUCUCGUCGUAUUUGCCAGAUUCCCAGGAAUUGAUGGAUAUCAGAACAAAAAAGAAGCUGCUGAUCACAGGCACAGAGCAGUUUAACCAGAAGCCCAAGAAGGGAAUCCAGUUCCUGCAGGAGAAAGGCCUCCUCAGUAGCCCCAUGGACAACAACCAGGUGGCCCAGUGGCUCAGAGAAAACCCCCGACUGAACAAAAACAUGAUUGGUGAAUACGUCAGCGACCGCAAGCACAUGGACCUCCUGGACAGCUUUGUGAACACAUUCGGCUUCCAGGGGCUUCGUAUUGAUGAGGCACUGCGGCUCUACCUGGAGGCCUUCAGACUACCUGGAGAGGCUCCUGUCAUCCAGAGACUCCUGGAAACCUUCACUGACAACUGGCAUAAAGUGAACGGCUCUCCUUUCAUGACCAACGAUGCAGGCUUCGCCUUGGCCUACGCCGUCAUAAUGCUGAACACUGACCAGCAUAACCACAAUGUCCGCAAGCAGAACAUCCCCAUGACCGUGGAGCAAUUCAAGAAGAAUCUGAAGGGAGUGAAUGGAAACAAAGACUUUGACCAGGACAUGUUGGAGGACAUCUACAACACUAUCAAGAACGACGAGAUCGUGAUGCCAGAUGAGCAGUCGGGUUUAGUGAAGGAGAACUACGUGUGGAGCGUGUUGUUACACCGCGGUGCCACACCCGAGGGCGUCUUCCUCCACCUGCCCCCCGGCAGCUACGACCACGACUUGUUCACCAUGACCUGGGGUCCCACCAUUGCUGCCCUCUCCUACGUCUUUGACAAGAGCCUGGACGAAAGCAUUAUCCAGAAGGCCAUCACUGGCUUCAGGAAAUGUGCAAUGAUAGCUGCGCACUAUGGCUUCAGUAAUGUGUUUGACAAUCUCAUCAUCUCCCUCUGCAAGUUCACCACUCUGAACAACGAGUCCGUGGAAAACCUGCCCACAGUGUUCGGCAGCAACAGCAAAGCUCAGACGGCAGCCAAGACGGUGUUUGACCUCGCCCAUCGGCACGGCAACAUCCUGAGGGAGGGUUGGAAGAACAUUAUGGACUCCAUGCUGCAGCUGUUCAGAGCCGAGCUCCUGCCCAAAGCCAUGGUGGAGGUGGAGGAUUUCCUGGAGCCAAACGGGAAGAUUUCUCUUCAAAGAGUGGAAACGCCGUCAAAUCGCGGUGAGUCUGCUGUGUUCAUUUUUGUUAACUGGCUGACGCUGAGUGGACCCGAGCAGUCAGGACUCAGAGGCCCGUCCACAGAAAACCAGGAGGCCAAGCAGGCGGCCAUCCUCUGCAUAAAGCAAUGUGACCCAGAGAAGCUGAUCACAGAGAGUAAAUUCCUCCAGCUGGAGUCACUGCAGGAGCUAAUGAAGGCUCUGAUAUCAGUCACCCCAGAUGAAGAGACCUAUGAUGAAGAGGACGCUGCCUUCUGCCUGGAGAUGUUGCUGCGUAUCGUCAUGGAGAACAGGGACCGUGUGUCCUGUGUGUGGCAGACAGUGCGCGACCACCUCUGCCACCUCUGCGUCCACGCCAACGAGAGCUGCUUCCUAGUGGAGAGGGCCGUGGUGGGUCUUCUGCGACUUGCGAUCCGCCUGCUACGACGAGAGGACAUCAGCUCUCAGGUUCUCCUCUCCCUGCGUCUCCUGCUGAUGAUGAAGCCUCACGUGUUGUCCCGGGUCAGCAGGGAGGUGGCGUACGGCCUCCACGAGCUGCUUAAGACCAACGCGGCCAACAUCCACAGCACAGACGACUGGUACACGCUCUUCUCCCUGCUGGAGUGCAUCGGAGCAGGGGUGAAACCUCCGGCCUCCUUCCAGCUCACUUCCGCCACCGCUGACAACGACACAGGUGCCCAGUCAGAUAGCGAGCUGUCCUCCCAUCAUCCCAGUGAACUGGGUUCAGAUCGCGGCUACACAUCGGACUCGGAGGUCUACGCCGAGCACAGCAAGACCAGGAUCUCUCGCUCCGCGACUGAUGUGGACGUAGCAAGCAGCGGAUGGCUCGUGGUUGGGAAAGAUGACCUGGACACGAGUAAGACGCCUCUGGUCGGCUCUAAAGCGCUGCUGAAUCAUCCCCUGGUCAACCAGUAUAGCCUGACGCUGGGUCAGGACCUGGGCCAGCACGACACCAAGUCUCUCAUCAAGUGUGUGGAAACGCUCUCCUUCAUCGUUCGCGACGCCGCUCACGUCACCCCGGACAAUUUCGAGCUGUGCGUCAGAGCCAUACGGGUGUUUGUGGAGGCCAGCCUCAACGGAGGUUACCGCAAUCAUGACAAGAAGAAGAGCCACAAGUACGACUCCAAGUCCCGGCUGAGGAAGAAGGCAGGAGGGAGGGAAAAAGAAGGCGGAGGCGGCACGAGGCGCGGCGGCGGCAGCCGUGCGUCCAGCCAGCGUCCGUCGCGUUCCCACAGCGACGACGAGGAUGACGAGGGCGUCCCAGCCAGUUACCACACGGUGUCAUUACAGGUUAGUCAGGACGUCUUAGACUUGAUGCACACCCUGCACACCCGGGCCGCCAGCAUCUACAGCUCCUGGGCCGAGGAGCAGCGCCACCUGCAGGCCGCGGGCAGGAAGAUCGAGGCCGACUCCCAGACUCUGUGGACCAGCUGCUGGUGUCCGCUGCUGCAAGGCAUUGCUUGGCUGUGCUGCGACGCCCGGCGACAGGUCCGCAUGCAGGCCCUCACCUACCUCCAGAGGGCGCUGCUCGUUCACGACCUGCAGACGCUCGACGCCACCGAGUGGGAGUCCUGCUUCAACAAGGUGCUUUUCCCCCUGUUGACUAAGCUGCUCGACAACAUAAGCCCAGCAGAUGUGGGCGGUAUGGAGGAGACUAGAAUGAGAGGCUGCACGCUCCUGUCAAAGGUUUUCCUCCAGCACCUGUCUCCCCUGCUGUCCCUGCCGACUUUCGCCGCCCUCUGGCUCACCAUCCUGGAUUUCAUGGACAAGUACAUGCACGCAGGCUCCAGCGACUUACUGCUGGAGGCGAUCCCCGAGUCUCUGAAGAACAUGCUGCUGGUGAUGGACACAGCAGGGAUCUUCCACAGUGCCGACUCCAGGACGGGAUACUCGGACCUGUGGGAAAUCACCUGGGAGCGCAUCGUCUGCUUCCUGCCCAACCUGAGGGAGGAGCUCUUCAAGCAGACCGUCAUACCGGAACCAGCGGAGACAGUACAGCCGCCACCGCCGGCAGGUCUACCUCCAUCCCCUCAGGUGUCUCUACCACCUGCGCAGCCGCCCUCCCCGGUCCCGGUGUCCCCUGCCGAGACGAAGACCCCCAGCAGGCCAGCGUCACCACAGGAGCCUCAGUCACCAAGUGCCACGGGAUCAGGCCGACCGUCCGCGGCCCCGCCCUCCAUCCCCUCCAUGCCGGUUCCGUUGACCACCUCCCCGCCCCAGGCUCCCUCGCCCCUGAGCCAGUCCCCCCUCAUCCUGCAGCCCCUCGCCUCCCCCCUGCAGGUGGGGGUCCCCCCCAUGUCCCUGCCGAUCAUCCUGAACCCCGCCCUCAUCGAGGCCACCUCCCCCGUGCCACUUCUGACCGGUCCCAGACCGACGAGCCCCUCGGACGAGGUCAAGUAAGAGAACGCAAGCAAACACCCCGAAUAACUGGAACCAAGAGACAUUCACUUAAACGUCAGGAUCUCCUCAUCAGCAGGUUUUGAUGAAAUAUGAAUCAUGUUAGAGGACAGAUGAGAUGCGACGCCUCAGUUGCACAGCGUUUGAUUUUAAAGGUUUAGCAUCAUUACGACACCUCUGACAUCACAUUCUUUGUGCCAUUUUUUUGUAAAUUUUUUUUAAAUGGAUAAAUGGAGACAGUGUGACAUCAUGCUCAGAUAUUUGCAAUCGGAAAUAUCUUGGACAAAGCUCAUAUGAGGAAAAUUAGUUCAAGGAAAAGUCUGACUGGGGUAAAUGUGCAUGUGCAGUUCACUAAAAUCAGAGAACACCGACGUCCAGUCCUCACUGCUGUUGGGGGAGAAACCUGGGGCAGAGUUUACGUUGUUGCACACGGGGAAAUCAUUUUACUGGCUCGUGCCAGUAUUUUUAAACUCACUGCAUUACAUAUAUAUUUAUAUUUUUUAUUUUAGACCGAUACAAUGACACAGAAAUUAAAUGAAUAAAAAAAAUCACUUUUUCCCACCAUAGUUUUGUUCUCGGGAGUGUGAGAAAGACGUUAAUAGUAUGAGGCAGGUGUUUCUCGUGAAUCAAAGUAAAAGUGUGUGUGUGUACGCUUGUGUUUAUCCAGAGCUCUAUACAUCGAUGUCCGACUUUCAGACGAGCACUGAAGUCUGCACAUGUUGCUCUGAACAUUUCCAGAACGUUUCCUGCCAGCCGCCUAGUAAAAUUUCAGAAAAAUGUCCCAGAGUGAGCCCGUGUGAGAAUAGAGCAGGAAAAUCUCUGGACGAUUCCCGGCGAGCGAUUGGGCGAAACGCUGCUCACUGCAGCCGAGUUAUCGCCAUGUCCCGCCUCCCGCUGCUCCGCCCAGACGCCACGGAAUGAUCCGGAAAUGUUCCUAUUGGUGUGAACUCAUCUGACAAGCACAAUUUCCAGAGUUCAUGUCUGAAAACAGCUUCGGUGACGCCGACUGUUGCUCUGACUCUGUGGUGAGAUGUGUUGGCAGGAGGAGAAAUUAAAAAUCUCACCAGCUGUGGACUCGCGUGUCGUGUCCAUGGUUCCAACUCUUCUCCAGAACUCGACUCAACAGUUUUCAUACGUGACGGUGGAACUGUUACUAAUAUCAUCAACACUUGGCUUCGUGGAUGAUGAAUAAUCAGCUGUGUCCGUGGGAAUAAGUCUGAUUCAGAGUUUCCCGUGUUCUCCCAUCAAGUCCGAGAGUUUUGUGUAGAAGGAGACUCGAGGGCCGGACUCACUCCUACGUCCCUGAACCUGAUAUAAAACCUGUAACUUUAUUUGAAGUUAUCGAUUCCACACGGGGACAGUGGAGGUGUUUCAGGUGAGUGAUGUAGAUGAUGGAUGAAGUGGCGUUGGAUUUCCAGAGCUUUGAGUUUGAGUCGCGACGGAACUGAUCAUAUGCAUAUUUCACCUCUGACGAGCAUCUGAUUGAAAAAAACAUUCUUUUUAUUUCUCAGUUUUUUGUUUCAGCAGCCAAAUUCUCUUCUGUUCUCCUGUAACGUCUGAAGACGUGACACUGGACUCUACUGUUUAUUUCUUCCAGUUUCUUUUCAAUUCUACUUUUUUUUUUCCUGAAAAAAAAAACAAAAAGCAAGCUUUUGAUUUCGGCCCCUUAUAAUUUCCUCCUCCGCUAAACAACGGCGGUUUAUUUGCAACCUGGAGAAGUCAAAUCUGAAACAUUCCACAAAGUAGAUAACCGAGGGAGCACCGCUCCGCUGUCGGACGGGACGACAGGUCAGAGGCCGAGACGGCAACGUUUAUUGGUUUAUGAUAAAUAUUAACUUUUUUUUUUUUUGUUAACCGGAGUUGAGAAUCAUGUUUCAUCGUGUAGCUCGCUGCAGAAGUGUGUGCGUGGACUUGAAGCCUGACAGAGAUCACAACAGGUUUAAGACCUACUGCUGAAUGGACUCAUCACUGAAUACGUCCUGCCGAAGCUGAAUUAUGGCAUUUGACUUUGGAAACCAUCUAUCUCGACUUGUGUGUUCAGGGGCUUAACUUCAACCGAGUGAGCCCGUGUGAGAAUAUGUACUUGAAUGAUCUGGAAUUUUUUUCUGCUGUUGUGAAUGGGAAACUCUUGGUUCCUUCUCUCGAACAAAGCAGAACAAAAAUGUAGGCGGGGGGGGUUUUUCCCCCUUGGUGCCGACCAGAUGAACCUGCAGGCUAAGUAUGAAAGGUCUGAUAUUUCUUUCGUCCGACCUGACUUUAAAACUUUAAAUCUGAAUCUGGCGCCACAUCUGAACGAAACCUAACUUGUGAGUAGACGUUUUCCAAAGUGCUGUAAACUCCCAGGUAUUUUACGUUCCUACCGUGAGUCGUAUUCAGUGGUGGCUAAAUUUCACAAUGAGCUUUUCGUCCCCUGCAGUUUUUUCCUGCAUUAGAAACCUGUCGACCUUCCUGCAUGCUGACUGUGUCUCGCGUACGGCGACGUUUUACCCUGACGGACUGGUGGAGACCAAUAGACCGCGUUUAAUGCCAACCGUGUGUCUGUGAGUGCGGCGUAGACGGUUCACAGUGGCCCUGGAUUCUGAUGUUUCAAGUUAAUGUUAUUUAUUGAAUUAGGGGGAAGAAGCGGGGGGGACGUACAGUAGUCCUGGUGUGUAUGUCAGCCAGGUAACACUACAGCCUUAUAGAGCCACCAACGUGACACAUUUUGUAAGCUGUGGGUUUAUUUGUCGUUUCGGGAUACUUAGAUAUAUGAGCUGAUUCUUGCUUGAACAGAAAAUUACAUGAAAAUUAUGUAUAUGUAUAUAAAUAUAUAUAAAUGAAAAGUAAUGUACUUUUUACUAUGUAAUAAAUUUAAAGAAACU